AUGGAAGCAGUCCCUGCAGAUUUCGGCAAACGCGUGUACCAAGGGGUGCGAGUGAAGCACACGGUCAAGGAUCUCCUGGCUGAGAAGCGAUCCCGGCAGAACAGCGGCUCCCGCUUCAGCGGCAGCACCAGCGCAGCACAGUCGCCCUUUGGCCAAAUGCCAGGCUCUCCCACCACCGCUGGUUACUACGGCGUCCGCAGACCCUUCCCACCCGAGCUGGAUUUCCACGGCACCAAGCAGUUUGGCAGCGAUGCCUACUCCUCCCCUCUGGCCUCCAAGCCCUUCUCCUGCGACCCCUCUGCCCCCCAGGGCUGCCCAGCCCUCCUGGAGCCCUAUCUCAGCGAGCAGUUCGGGGAUCACCGUGCUGCUCCUCCUCCUCUCCCGGCUGCCACCAGCUCCUUCUUCAGCGCUCCAGCCGUGCCCCCUCUGCUGCCAUCCUUCCCCAGCGACACGGGACACUUCCUGCUCAGAGAGCCCUGGGAGCAGCCCUCACCCGAGAGCCUUGGCCAGCCUGACAGUGCCUGCUCGGAGCCCCUGCAGGCGCUCCCUGCCACCUCCAGCUGCCUCUCCCUGCCCGAACCCGGGGCUGCUUCCCCGUUCCGAGGCUCAGGUUGGAGCCCAGCCCUCCCUGGAGCCCAGCCCUACCCUCUGCACCCCCUUGAAGACGCCCACUACUCCCCCAGCUACGCUGCCACCUCUCCCUACAGCCUGUCCCCGUUCAUGGCCGUGGCCAGCGAGCCCUCCAGGAUGAGCCACCUGUGCCCUGAGCCACCCUCGGAGCCACCACACCUUCCCGAGCAUUCUGCCUGGGCCAAAGAGGAUGGAAGUGCCCUCUGGGGGACUUAUGAAGGCAGGAGAACUUACUGA